GAAACAUCAUUCAUUCUUCGCCGUCGUUUGUGUUUGUGUUCUUAAGCCAAAGAAUAUUCCAUUCCUUCGUCAAUAGAGAUCCCAAAAACAUAACACAGACAAAGAAACCCACAAAAAAAAAAAAAAAAACACUUUAUUGAUUGAUUCUUCGUUUCCGUGUUCUGGUGCAAAUCUUGAAGAAAUCUUUGGAAAACGUUUUGGUUUAGUGAUUAUAUGGAUCCAAAUGCGGUUUUACCAAAGCGGCACGAGUUGUUGUUUUCGCAAUUACAAAUACCAGCAGGAAGCUUUGCAUUUGAAGCAUUUAGUUGCAUCUCCAAGUUUACAGGAGCUUUGCUUUGUUUGUUUUCCCAUCAUGGCAACUUGCAAAAGGAAGUAGUACUAUGUAACGACAACAACUAUCAUCAAUGUAGUAACAACAGAAGCUUUGAUUCUUCUUCCAAGAAUCUUCAUAAGAGCUAUGGUGGAUCAAAAGAUGUUAUAAACACUGUCUUGUUUCGUAACAUUUCUAAAUUCACUAUUGUUCACCACUUUGUUAAUGAAGCUGAGAGGCUUCAUUCUUCUUGUUCUGUGCUCUCCUUGGCUGCUGCGUUGAUACCUUCUUUCAAUGUCAUGUCUGCAUAUGGACUUGCUCUGCCACUAGGGAGUGAUGAUGGUGUUCAACCUCCGGAGAAUACUCAAAAUAGGAUUUGUCAGGUUGGACAUGAGGAAUUUAGUGGUUUGAGUUUUCAAAAAUUGGACUGGACUAAUGAAACGAUAGAGCCUCGUACAGGGAUCGAAUUCCCUAUGCUGCUCAAGAAAAAUGCUUCACGGUCUAAUUCUGAGGUGCUUGUUGCAACUGGAUCUCGGACAAUGAAAAUUAUCAGAAUUAAAUCUCUAAAAGUAUAUGCAUUUGGUUUUUAUGUUCAUCCUUCCUCGGUCUGCCAGAAGCUUGGGUCAAAGUACGCCUCGGUUCCAGCAAGCAAACUGGAUAAAUGCGACGAAUUAUACAAAGACCUUCUCAGGGAGGAUAUUGUUAUGAGUGUGAGGCUUGUGGUUAACUACAAUGGCUUGAAGAUCAAUACUGUGAGAGAUGUUUUUGAGAAAUCUCUGCGUGCUCGUUUGGUGAAGGCAAAUCCAAAAACUGAUUUCAAUUGCUUGAAUGAUGUUGGUUCAUUUUUCACACAAGACAUUCCUAUACCCGCGGGAACAAUAAUAGACUUUCGACGAACAGCAGAUGGACAACUAAUCACUGAGAUUGGCGGUAACCUGAUUGGAGCUGUCCGAAGCAAGGACCUUUGCAGGGCAUUUUUUGGUAUGUACAUUGGAGAUGUUCCGGUGUCUGAGCAGACAAAGGAAGAGAUUGGUAGGAAAGUGGUGGGAAUCAUAAAGAGAUGUUGAAAUCAGUUACCUGUUAGACAUCCAACGGCCUCUGAGUUUUAGAAGAAGGCAAUUGGGUAGAUUUACUACGCCGGUCAUGUUUAACUGUUGUGAAUCAAAAUACUUUGUAAGCAGCUUGGAGGGAGGAGUAAAACAAUCAUGGCAUAAGUUUUAUUAGAUUGUCUUGAUUUGUCUGAAAGUAUGUUCUUGUUGUUCUGUAAGGAAUAGGCCAAAUUAACUCGGAAAUGUGUAACAAGAGAGUUUUGUCUCUUCUAAAGCUAUCCAAAUAAGCCAAAUUAAAUCUUA